AUGCACGUGCUGCUUGUCCGCCAUGGCCAAUCUGAAAACAAUAUCCUGGAGGCAGCCCAUGGCAGUGGAGAAGCCUUCUAUGGGAAGAGAUCAAUCGAUCCCCCCCUAUCUAAGCUAGGGCACCAGCAGGCCGAGUUGCUUGGAAGGCGCUUAGGCGCGCAACUGAAAGGGUUCAAAGUGGGUGAGGGUAUGCCUGAAGCCUUUUGCAACAAGUGCAAAAGUGCUCCUUCUUCAGAGGGUGACUCGUGGUGUACUGGUUGUUCAGCCCUCGAAUUGUCCCAGAACCUGCUGCGUCAGAGGUGGGUCAACAUUGGUAUACGCAAGAUUGCUGAGGAAGCCCUGCUGUCAACUGCAAGGCUGAUCAAAGGUUUCCGCAACCUUGAUCGGGCCAUUACCACUGACGGUCCACCAACAGGUUCUGGGAUUGCUUCGAAGGCUCGGGCUGCCCCACCGAGGUCAAGGAGUCCAAGAAGAGACAAUCGGCCGCCUUUACCAAGAGCCCCAACUCCUCCUCCAGCUAGAUCACCCCUUCGUCGCGAGGAGCGUUACUCUGAACGCGACGCGAGGGAGAGGAGUCGAGACAGAGGUCGAGACACAAGGCGACGUGAAGAGAAGUUGGAAGAAGAAAGCUACGAUUAUCUAGCUGAGGAGUCAGAAGAGGAGGAGCCCAGGCACCGUGACGAUUGCCUAGAGGAAGCUGAGAGACAUCCCAGAGUGAAAGAAGAAGAUACAUACGAGACCAAGGGUAGAGGAAGCGAAAGGCCUGCUGAGCCUAUUGGUCCUCCCCCUGUGCCCCGGGAGGUUGAGUAUCCUUCUAGUGGCAAGAAAAAGAAGAAAAAGAAAAACAAAGGGAGAAGAGGUGGCACCAAGCACCAACGUCGUUACAGAGAAGUAGAGGAUCCUCUGCGCCGCAGUCACAGGAGACUGAAUCCUUCCUUUGCUGUCUGUGGACGUGCAAUGAGGGAGGACGUGGAAUGGCUAUACACAGAAGACGAGGGCGAGAGGCGAGAACGCGUCGCCGAAAGCCUUGCCGCUCAGCCCAAACCAAAUGCACCUCAAGAGUACGAUGUACUCGAAGCCGAGUUUUGGAGGACACGCCAUGUCCCCGCUGGCUCAGUAUUGACUUACAGUCUUGCAGACGAAACCUUGGCACCAGCUGGCCUUAUCGCCGUGCUGGUAAAGACCCGCCAGUCCAAGCAGGAAGGGAUCUGGCUGGAGGUGAAAGCGCUGGGUUGUGCCGAGGCCGCUUUCAAGCAUCGUUUGCAAGGGUGUUACAAAGGAGCCAGGAAGUUUCAUCAUAUAUGCUAUCCCGAUGCCGAAGGAAACUGUCCACAGGCUGGUUCACAAGGCGUCCAUUUGAUGAAGUUCAAGUGGUACCCUCCUGGGGACUUCGAUGCAGAAUGGCUCUCCAAGGCAUCUCGAAAAGCAAUAUUGGAGGGCAUCGACAUGGCUGCAACAGAGAGGGAAGGAGAGCCUCCUCCAGGUCGCAGACACCCUGGCCCGGUUGGAAACGAUACGUCCAAAGUCGAGGAGCAGCUCCGGAAGCUCAGAGACAAGGGCCGCACGCGUGUUACCUUCGUUGGGGAGGGGGGCGAACUACCAUCGGCUGUUCCAGACGGUGGGCCUGGGGGUGCGUUGAGGGCUGGAAUUUUGAGAAAGCCUGUGGAGUCAUCCUCUGCGGUGGCGCUCAGCCCCAGGACCCAAAAGGUCAAGGAGGAAGUCAUCCCGGUGGACUCGGAUACCGAAGUCGCCCCCAAGGAGAAGAAGAGAGGACUGAGAAAGAAGAGAGGGAAGGGAGUUGGAGAGACGCUGGCACUAGCCGUUGCGUCUCGUCAGACCCUGACCUCUCAACAGACCGGGAAAAAGAGGCGAUCAAGGAGUCGGUCGUCGCAGCGAGACAAGAAGAAAAAGAAAAAGAGAAAGAGACGCUCGAGCAGUCAAGACUCCUCGCAGGAGGGGUCGAGCGAGGACUCGUCCAGCUUGUCACUGCAGCCCCCUCUCAAGAAAAAGUCGAUGAAGGAGCCUGGGUCAGUAUACCGGUUGCUGGUUGCUCAAGCGGCCGAGCAACUGGCUCAAGAAGGUUUGGAACAGGACGAAAGCACAGGUCUUCGCGGGGCAGGAAGCAAGGUCAAGAUGUACACGUACUAUCAACUGGCCUUGAAGCCCUCGCUGGACGCAAGAAGCAGAGACGCCAAGGAAUUGGCGAUGCUGGCAAAGGCUUUGGACUUGCUACAAGAAGGGGACCUGGCACAGCUGGCCGAUCUUAUCUCGGCCCGGCUGAUUGCCGUGGAUACCGCGACGCGCCAAGGCUGGCAGGCCGCCCGUUAUCUGGAGAUUCAGUCUCUGGAGGACGACGGGACGGCCCCACCGCACAUUCUUCUGGCUGCGAUGCGGCACCAGAAGCAGGUGGAGAAAGCCGGCGGAAAAGGCUCAUGGUCUCGCUCUCAAAGCUGGCAGUGGGACUGGCAAAGCGAUGCUCGUCCGAAAGGAAAGGGCAAGGAUCAGAAAGGAAAAGGCAAGAAGGGCAAACCCAAAGGAAAAGGAGGAAAACAGGGGUGGAGCCACUGGCAGGGCUCACCAAAGGAGAAGACGGGUCUUAACAGUGAUGAUUCAAUCUCAGGCAGCAUGGUUGAGCUCACUGCGGGAGUUGAUCAUUCAGUGGAGAGCUCUGGGAAUUUGAAAGAACAGAGUGCUGGCUCCCAUUUGAGCGAAGCUUUGCAUUCAAGUUUGAAGGAAUUCAGCAUGAGUGGUGCUGGCCUGCCUUUUGAUCUGGCCGUGCACGACACUGAAGACAGGGAUUCCAUGUUUUCCUUUGGGACGAUUUUGGAAAAGCUGUCUGGAUGUAAGACAGUUGCCGAUUGUGGCGUGUGGCUGGCAUGGGGGUUGAAGAACCAGCUUUUUAGUUUGAAGCCAGAGACUGCUGGACCUUCACGGACUGCCGGUCGUAAUAGACCUGGCAGUCUGUUCCCCCUGCCGGUUGAAUUUCCUUCUUUUUUACCUGCGGGCCCUGAUGACCCAGCCGCCGCCGGUGGCGUGGCUUUCGCCACGGAGUGCUGGCUGGGCGUAGCCUGCACAGCCAUCAAUACUUUCUAUGACUGUCAAAAAGUUAUUCACGAGACGGAGGCCACCAUAAAUGCCCAGUUGCAAGACGCCGCUUCUCGAGCCUGGGGCGAUGCAGGAGUUUUGACAGCGGCUGAUAAGCAGGUGAUUAAUUCGCCAGAAGUGACGGAGCUUGGGAUCAGGCUUGAUGGAAGAUUGGGUAUGCUGGGGGCCUCACCCGCGCGUAUCCUAAAGACUUUGUGGGGAAGCGUGUUUUUGUUGAGCCAGCGUCGAUGGGACAAGAAGCUGGCGCAGAUGAUUUUGGGCCGUUGGGUAUUUAUCCUCCAGUUCAGGAGAGCAGCAAUGGGUGUCCUUUCACAGGCUUGGGACACCAUUGAAACCCCCUGGCCUCAUGCGGGCCUGGUGCGGAGGCUUCAUAGAGAAGUGCUGGUACUAAUGUGCCUGGCACCUCUCCUGCAGACUGAUAUGCAAAUUGGAUAUGAUCCGCUGGUGACAUGUUCGGAUGCUUCGGAAACGGGGAACAGAACCACCAGAUCCACCUGGCCGGAUGUCAUUGAACUUCAUGACAUUGAGAAAGUGACCAAAGAUGACGUCCGUUCGUGGGCUAAUACCUUUUCCCGCAUUUCAGAAGUGCAUGUCAUAGCUGGGUUCCCUUGCGUGCACCUCUCAAGCGCAAGGGCAUACCGCCAAAACUUAGCUGGUGAGGGAUCCCGUUUAUUCUGGACCCUUCUCACCUUGCUGGGUUGGGUCCAUCAGGUUUUUGGGACCUUUUGCAAAGUGAAGCACUGCGUUGAGAAUGUGGCGUCCAUGGACGAAGCAGCUCGACGGGAGAUAUCAAAGGAGCUGGAUAUCGUACCUGUUAAGUUGGAUCCAGCUGACUGCAUGGAUUAUAGCAGACCACGGUUGGCAUGGUGCUCGGUAGAGCUUUUUGCAAUGGACGGUGUACAGCUUUGGACGGAAAAGGAGUACAUUCGGGCGGUUGUGGUUGCCCCCAAACCUCCCGUCGAAAGCUGGAUUCGUCCGGGCUGGACAUGGCCUUUCAAGGAUGAGGGAGUUUGUUUUCCAACUUUUAUGAAAUCUAUAAAAAGAAACAAACCCCCACCGGCGCCAGCUGGCCUUCACCGUGCUAGCCCGGACACAGUUGAACGGUGGAGGCAGGACUGUUUCAGGUUCCCUCCAUACCAAUAUGCAGAGCAUUUUAUGCUCUGCAAUUCUGUGGGAGAAAAGCGGCCGCUGGAUUCUUCCGAGCGGGAGCUUCUCCUGGGUUUUGGGCCAGGCCACACUCUUAACUGCCUGGCAGCUUCAGAGGCAAAGAAGAGCUCAGAAGCCUUUGAAGAUCUGCGUAAAUCGUUAUGUGGCGAUUCAUUUAGCAUCCUUUCCUUUGCAAUUAUGAUUUCGCAGAUGUGUGCUGAACUGGUACCCCGGAUGGGGCCUGGUCAGAUUGUACAGCGGCUAGGACUUGCGCCGGGAGCGUCCGCUCAUCCCGCUGUCCUUGCGCCUCUGACUCGAUGGCUACAAUAUGGGAAUGACCUAGCCCCUGCGCCUGACGCUCCUCUUCAACUGGUUCAGCACCUUGGCUUAAUGGUUAACCAUACAGGAACCCCACUGAUGCUGGAAGCCGUGCGUGAUGGGUCGGCGCCUUCCCCGGGUCGUGCUGGCAGCUCGCUCUCAGGCAGAGAGACGAAAGCGCAAUCCUGGCGGCUCUUUAAAGAUUGGCGACGCAUCGAAGCCCCAGCCAGAGCACCACCCAUGACCGUGUUACUGGAUGGCCUGGCCAUGCUUCCUGGCCUUCGUAUUGAUUCAAAAGAUUUGGUGCUCCAGAACCUUUCAAAUUUGAAUGUAGCUGAGCCGACCUUUGCCCAUGCCUUUUGGGAACUGGCGGUCUCAAAGCUGUUGCCUCGGAUCCAUGUCCAGCAGAAAAAGCGCGAGGAGUUGGGUGGUGAAUCCUUGAUUGUCGUGUCGACGGGCUUCUUUGGAGCUCCAGAUGCGCGUGGUUUGGAGAGGAUCCAGAUCCAAGAGCAAUUCCCAGGAUUCGAUGCAGCUCUGGUGCCUGAAAAUGGACAAGGAUCGGAGACAUGUGCUGAGGCCUACGCCCGGGCAAAACGUGUAGUUCAGUUGCUGCGCACUUGGCCUCAGAAUGCAGAGGAGGAGAUUGUGGUGAUUGUCUCCCACUGCGACUUCAUUGGUCUUUUGGGGCGCCUUCUUUUGGUAUUUGGCAGUGGACCUGCUGGAGUAGGACCAGGAGAUCAAAUCAAUUCAAGCGCAGAACAUUUCGCUGAGGAAAUGUUCUGCGAUA